AUGGCAGACAAGGAUAGCGUGGAGAAAUACUUGGAGAAUAAUCCCCAAUUCGCCAAAGAGUAUUUUGACAAGAAAGUGCGAGCUGAGGUUCUUGCAGCUGCCUUUGCUGAAAAUUUAGAGAUCAAAGAUACAGCAUCUUACAAAGAUGUGUCCCAGAUCCAGGAGUCUGCCAUCAUUUUUGACAUGGUCAAGGAAAUGCAAUCACAAACCGUUAUGGAGAAGGCCAUGCACAAAGUACUACAGAGAAUAUGUCUCCUCUUGAACGCCGACCGGUGCAGCUACUUCUUGUUAAGGUCCAGAAACGGCAUCCCUGAGUUGGCCACUUGUCUUUUUGAUGUCACUCCUACAUCCAAAUAUGAGUCAAACCUGGUCAACCCAUCAGCUGAGAUUGUUUUUCCAACUGAUAUGGGCAUAAUUGGGCAAAUUGCCACCAGCAAAAAGGGAGUUAACGUUCCGGAUGUUAAACAGAACAACCGCUUCAGUGACUUUGUUGAUAAGCAGACAGGGUACACAACAAAGAACAUGUUAGCAGCUCCAAUUAUGAAUGGGAAGGAUCCUCUGGGUAUCAUCAUGGCACUGAACAAAGUUGGGGCAGAUUCAUUCUCAAAAGAAGAUGAGGAUCUCUUCAACAAAUACCUCACGUUUGCUUCAGUCAUUGCACUGCAACACCACACCUCAUACAUGUGGAAUGUAGAGUCCAGAAGGAGUCAGGUUCUUCUGUGGUCAGCAAGCAAAGUGUUUGAAGAACUUACAGAUAUUGAGCGACAGUUUCACAAAGCUCUUUACACAGUGAGAAUCUACCUCAACUGUGAGAGAUACUCUGUGGGGCUUUUGGACAUGACCAAAGAGAAGGAAUUCUACGAUGAGUGGCCAGUUAAACUGGGAGAAGUUGAGCCCUACAAGGGGCCCAAGACACCUGAUGGGAGGGAAGUGAAUUUUUACAAAAUCAUUGAUUAUCUCUUAGAAGGCAAAGAGGAAAUCAAAGUCAUACCGACUCCACCUGCAGACCACUGGGCCCUUGUAAGCGGUCUUCCGACCUAUGUGGCCGAGAAUGGCUUUAUUUGUAACAUGAUGAAUGUUGCUGCUGAUGACUACUUCACAUUCCAGAAAGAAGCUGUUGAUGAGACUGGCUUCAUAAUCAAGAACGUCUUGUCACUUCCCAUUGUCAAUAAAAAGGAAGAAAUUGUAGGUGUUGCCACCUUCUUUAACAGAAAAGACGGUAAACCAUUUGAUGAGCCGGAUGAACAGAUUACUGAAGCCCUCACACAGUUUCUGGGAUGGUCAGUGCUGAAUUGUGACACAUAUGACAAGCUGAACAGGAUGGAAUGGAGGAAAGAAAUAGCACAGGAGAUGGUCAUAUACCAAACCAGAGCCACCCCUGCUGAAGUCCAAAGCAUCCUGAACACACAGGAGAAGUUUGGCCAAGGUCCGGAGGACUGCGAUCAGAAGGAGAUGUAUAAACUCUUGCGAGCAAAUAUCCCUGAGGCCAAAGAUGUGGAACUUUUGGAGUUCCACUUCAGUGACUUCCCUCUGUCAGAGUUUGAUCUCAUUAAGUGUGGUCUUCGCUGCUUCUUUGAACUUGGUGUGGUGGAGAAGUUUAAAGUGCCCCCAGAGGUCCUGACUCGUUGGAUGUACACGGUCAGGAAAGGAUACCGAGACAUCACUUACCACAACUGGAGACAUGGUUUCAAUGUGGGCCAGACCAUGUUCUGUCUAUUGCAGACUGGGAAACUGAGAAGAUACUACUCUGAUCUUGAUGCCUUUGCAAUGGUGGCUGCUGCAUUUUGCCAUGAUAUUGACCACAGGGGGACUAACAACCUGUACCAAACAAAGAGCGCAUCACCUUUGGCUAAACUUCAUGGGUCAUCCAUUCUGGAAAGGCACCAUCUUGAAUACAGCAAGAAUCUCAUGGGAGAGGAGGACCUGAACAUUUUCCAGAGCCUUCAGAAACGUCAGUUUGAGACUGUGCAACACUUGCAUGAUGUCUGCAUUAUCGCCACUGAUCUGGCCUUAUACUUCAAAAAAAGAACGAUGUUCCAGAAGAUUGUGGAUGCUACCGAAGGAAUGACAGAUGAAAAAGAAGCAACAGGCUACGUGGCCAAUAACCCCAUUAGGAAGGAAAUUGUCAUGGCAAUGAUGAUGACAGGAUGUGACUUGUCUGCCAUUACAAAGCCAUGGGAAGUCCAAAGCAAGGUGGCUCUUAUGGUGGCAGCUGAAUUCUGGGAACAAGGUGACCUGGAGAGAACAGUGCUUGAUCAACAGCCUAUUCCUAUGAUGGACAGAAACAAAGCAGAUGAACUUCCCAAGAUGCAGUGCGGUUUCAUUGAUUUCGUGUGCUCAUUUGUAUACAAGGAAUUCUCCAGGUUUCACAAGGAGAUCACCCCCAUGUUUGAUGGUCUGAACAACAACAGAGUCCACUGGCAAGAGCUUGCAGAUGUUCAUGCUGCUAAGAUGAAGGCCAUUGAGGAUGAGAAGAAAAAGCUAGAGGAAGCAGAGACAAAGAAAGAGGGUGAGCCCACGGAGGGAGGCAAAUCCAAAACCUGCACCAUAUUUUAA